CGGCCAUAAAAAGCUGCCCGGCCUCAACCCGUGAUUUUGGACGGCAGACUUGGACAGCAUAGAAACCAGCAGGGCCUUCCGCUUCGUUCCUCGCCCAACCUCGCAUACGUUGGCCACCUGUCCUUGAUCAUGCAUAGGCCUCAACCGCGCGGCCCAGGCCCGUAUCGCACCACUUCCGGCCAGCCCUUAAACCGGCAGCCGGGUCCGUACCCGCGUCAGAACAAGGCAGCGGCUCAACCGCGCAAGCAACAUCAGCAGCCGGCCACAGCACGCCAUAGCAGGCAGAUGAACAACUCCUUUCUACCUUCGACGCAGGCAUUGUACGAUUCGGCCAACUUCGAGGAGACCUCGUACGAGUUCCAGGAAUUGGAGGAUUCAACAGCACAGCCGGUAGCUUCCCAAUUUCAGCACUCUGCGUCGCCAACCAGUGACCCGGGCUUGAUGGUGCAAGAGGAUCUCACGGCCUCCAACGCACAAAACACGGCCUGGAACAGCGAGAUGGAGGAAAGAAUCGAUCGAGCCUUGGAUGUCGUCAAACAUCUCCACAAGGUUGUCACUCAGACGGCCGCGUUGGCUCAGCCUCCGCCGUUCGUGGAACCGCAGCUUGACGCUGAUAAUUGGAAUACACACGAUACUGGCGGUCCAUCUAUUAUAUAGACAGCUCAUGUAUAGAACUCUUCCGUCCAUCCCGAAACGCCUUGGAGAAGAGGCUUUUGGAGACAUAACAAACGCGGCCGACGGGCUGCUGACG